CAUUUGUGUUUCUUACAAACUGUGCAAAACACGUGCGAACAACAAACUUGAUUUCAGGAGUUUUCUAAAUAAUUUAAAUUUACAAAAAUGUAUCUGAUGUACACUUUAAACGAAAACGGAGAGCGUGUUUAUACUCUGAAGAAACGCACUGAAGAUGGACAGCCUACAAUAUCUGCUCAUCCAGCACGCUUUUCACCGGAAGAUAAAUAUUCACGCCAACGUUUGACCAUCAAAAAACGUUUCGGUUUACUAAUCACACAACAACCUGAACCAGUCUACUAAUUUUGAAACCUACAAAAUAGCUGUACAUCGAUAAGUUCGUUUUUAAGUAAAUAAGAUUCAACUAUCAGUAACAAUUUUUAUUAACUAAGACUUAAUAUGAGUAAAUAAACAGUUUGUAUUAACUAAGAAAUAACAGUA